GCUGAGGAUUUAUUACCCUGUUUUGCUGAUGUAUUUAUUUCCAAACUUGUCUAGUUUCAGCUGGGCUCGCUGACUCUUGACAGCACAGUGUAAAGUUACUCUCAGACAAUGGGGUUGAUGCACCUGCCAGUGAUGUUUUCGGCAAGUUGCCUUGGAUGUUGUUGAAAUCCUCGCUUUGAUCCUUCGAUUGGAGUGAUCCGGAACAGCCUCGCGGGCCAAAUGUCUUUCUUUAGUUUCAUGAAACGUUUUAAGUUGGGUCCGGAAAGGAAGAAGGCGAGACAGUAUGAGCACGUGAAGAGAGACGUGGACCCCGAGGAUGUGUGGAAGAUCAUCGGGGAGCUGGGUGAUGGAGCCUUUGGCAAAGUGUUCAAGGCACUGAACAAGGAGACUGGGGCAAUUGCAGCUGCCAAGGUGAUAAGCUCACUGAAUGAAGAGGAGUUGGAAGAUUACAUGGUGGAAAUUAACAUACUGGGUUCCUGUGAUCACCCCAACAUUGUAAAGCUACUUGACGCUUUCUACUAUGACAACAACCUUUGGAUUCUAACUGAGUUUUGUGCUGGUGGUGCUGUAGAUGCGAUAAUGUUGGAGUUGGAGAGAGGACUGACAGAGCCACAGAUUCGUGUUAUUUGCAGACAGAUGCUUGAAGCACUCAACUAUCUCCAUGACAACAAGAUCAUACACCGGGACCUGAAAGCUGGGAAUGUCCUUCUGACUCUGGAGGGAGACAUUAAACUAGCUGAUUUUGGAGUGUCUGCGAAGAAUACCCACACCAUCCAACGGAGAACAUCAUUUAUUGGGACACCUUAUUGGAUGGCCCCUGAGGUUGUCCAGUGUGAAACUAUGAAAGAUACACCCUACGAUCACAAGGCUGACAUCUGGUCUCUAGGAAUCACACUGAUAGAGUUGGCUGAGAUGGAACCUCCUCACCAUGAACUCAACCCAAUGAGGGUCCUCCUGAAGAUCACAAAGGCUCCACCUCCAACUUUGGCACUCCCCUCCCAAUGGUCAUUAAAUUUUAAAGACUUCUUAAGAAAGGCUUUGGAAAAAAAUGCAGAUGUCCGAUGGUGCGUAAAGCAGCUUCUGCAGCAUCCAUUUGUGGCUUCUGUUUCAAGCAACAAGCCAAUCCGAGAACUGAUUGCUGAAGCCAAGGCAGAAGUGAUGGAAGAGAUAGAAGAAGGGAAGGAAGAAGAACAGGAGGUCUCUACAAAUCGUCAGUAUUCCAUUAAUCUGCACAAUGAGGAGGAGGAACAGUCAAUCAAGUUCACCAAGGUUUUAUUGGAGGAAGAGCCAAAGUGCAUUGGGUCUGUUGACAACAGGCAAGAUGCCCCUGCAGCCUUGAACAAUACAGAAGAAGAUAAAGCCAAUGCUACUGAAUCAAUAGAGUAUUUGGAUGAUAGCAAGGUGAAAGUAGAUGUGGAUUCGUAUGAUUGCAAAGCAUCUGAACAUCAGCAACUGACAGUGGUAGACGAGGAGAUUAAUUUAGAAACACCGCCUGCUAGAUCUAACCUCGUAGUCAGUGUAAAUCAAGGUGAAGAAAUGACAAUGACAACAGAAAUACAACCAAAGGAAAAUAAUAUCAACAUAAGUGAAAUGGAACAAAAUAAUGAUAAACCAAAAACUACCACUGAUGAAUCUGAACCUGUGGAGAACAAAGACCUGGAGACUGAUCUCAAGGAGCUAGUAUAUUCCACGUGCGAAGACUGUAGCCAUGUAGUGCCCAGUAUGCCACCAAAAGAUGAGGAGAUUAGGAUAAGCAAUGAGAAGUUAGGGACAGAAUCCACUGAUGCAUCACCAUUGCGAGAAGAGGAUCCAACAGAAACUGAAGUUGUGCCAUUAUUUGAAAAGGCAGGGAUUGAUGUGUUAAGGACACUGGCAGACCCAUUAACUGAAAGCACAGAAUCAACUGCAACGCCUGUAGAAAUGGAAAAUUCUAUGAUAACGGAAAAAAAUACUGUGCUUCCAAAGGAGGGCCCAGCAGAAACAGAAACAGCUCUAACAUUUGAAGAAAGCAGCAUUGAGUCAACAGAGCAACAAACUGCUGUUCACCCCCUGGGACCUGGAGAACCUGGUGCAACUGCAGUGAAGGAUCAGAACACUUGCGAUGUGAAUUGUGAAACUUUUUCUGAUGUGGACGUAAUGGACACUACCACACUGUGCAAAGAAAAUGAGCAGGAUCUUAAGGAAAAUAAGGCAAUUUCUCAAUCUCAUUCAACUGUUGAUUGUCCUCUUAAAAAUAAUGCCUCACAGCAAUCUGAAAAUAUAAUAAAGGGAGAUGAAGACUUUGGAUUAUCACUACCUCUGUGCGUGGAGCCUGAGAUUAGUAAAGUAGAUGAGUCAAAGGAAAUAGCACACAACUUUGUGACUGUAAAUGACAAAUUAACAAAUUUCGUAGACAAUCAGUCAGAAAAGCUGAAUGGAGAGGCUGCUUCUGAGAUGCCAGACACAGGACGAGGAGAUGAAAAUUCUGACAAAUCCAUGCAGUGCGAAGAGACUGAGAACCACAAGAUAAAGUUUCCUGAAGUGAAUAAAACAAGGUCUUCAACAGAGAGGUCAGAAGUUCUACACACAAAUAAAGAAAACAACAAGACUAAAGAUCAUCAGCAACUCGAAUGUGAAGAAUGUGUGUUACCACAAACUGCUGGAAAUACAGCAAACACUACUCAAACAGUCAACAAGGACAAUGCACUGCAGACAGUUACCCAUCUAGAUGAAGAAAAGGAAAAUAUGCCAGACGAAAGUGACGCUUUUGCCAUAGCAACAUGUCUUGUAAAUGAACUGAUAGACCUGAUAGUAGCAGAUGAAAGGGCUUGCGAGGUCAGUAACUCUAAAGAACAUGAGCUGGAAAUCACUUUAUCCCUGCCGAAAGUAGAAGGUUCUUUCACCAGAGAGAGUUCAGUUCAUGUUGCUGAAGAAAGUGACACCUCUAAAGGGCUGAAACCUCCAGAUGAAGCUUUAGAGAAAGGAUCUGCAAGGUGUGAUGUGGGGAUGGAGAAGGAAGAGCCAUGUGAUAACCAGAGAGGACAGGAGGAGUAUGGCCAGGGAGAAAAGAUUGAGAGCAAUAAUGUAUCAAGACCAUCUGUCGAAGAUGCUGCUUGUGACGAGGAUAAUGAAACAUCCACAGGACCUCAAAAUAAGGUUACAGAGCCAAACAUCUGCACAAAAGCCAUAAAGCUGCAAGAAGUGGAGAGAACAAUAUGUCAUGCUUCUGAGGUCAGUCCGCCGUUGGUUAAACAAUCACCACAGGGCAAGAUUGAAGAAAGGAGAGUUACCGACCAAUAUGCCAUUGAAGAUCUUGAAUCAGAUAGGUUGCACCCUUGCAGUGGAGGUGAAUUUCAUAAACAGAGGCAGUUUGAAGAGUUUGAACAAGGAGUUCGACCAGCACAAAGAAUGACAUUAAAGAAGACCCGAAAGUUUGUGGUGGAUGGAGUGGAAGUCAGUGUCACAACAUCAAAGGUUGUCAGCAAGGAUGACAAGAAGGACCAAGAUAUGCGGUCAGCCAGGCGCCAGGAGCUCCGGGAACUUCGACUGCUACAGAAGGAGGAACAGCGAGCACAAACUCAGCUCGACCUGAAACUGCAGCAACAGCGAGAACAAAUGUUCCGGCAAAUUGAACUGGAAAUGAUGAACAAGAAGCAUUACUAUGACCAGGAGAUUGAGAACCUGGAGAGAAACUGCAGACAGGCCAUUGAUCGACUAGAAAUGGAAUACACCAUCCGAUUGCAAGACGAGGCAAAACGGCUGAAAGCAGAACAAGCAAAAGAGUUAGCAAAGCAGCACCAGACACUGAAGGAUAAGAAGCAAGAACAAGAAUUCAUACAGAAACAACAGCAGAAACUCAAUGAAGCCUUGCAAAAGAUUGUUCAGCAGCGGAAGUCAAAAAUAGCUUCCACUGAUUUUGAGCGGCUGAUGAAAGUGCAACAACUUAAGAGAGACCGUGAGGCAGUGGUCUGGGAUGUUGAGCAGCGACAUCUACAUGAGAAGUAUCACCUGUUUAAGCAGCAGGUGAAGGAACAGUUCUCACUACAGAGACUACAGCUGAUGAAGAGACACGAGAAGGAGAAGGAGAGGAUGUCCCACGAUCACAACUGCCUCAUAGAAGACCUGAAGAGCCAGCAAGCACAGGAGCGGGCUCGACUGCCAAAAACACAACGCAAUGAAGCCAAGGCCAGACUGAAUAUCUUCAAACAGAGCCUGAAGAGCCAGGCAGUUGGCUCACUGGAGCAAAGGGAGCUCAUCAAACAGUUCAUGGUCCAGGAAGAAGCUCAACAGAAAACAGAGAAGCAACACCAGCAGCAAAAACAUGAAGCUCACUUCAAGGAUCUGCUGAAGCAAUGCGAGAACAACUGUGUGGAACUACAGCAGCUCCAGAAUGAGAAGUUGCAUCUUCUGGUAGAGCGGGAGAAACAGAAACUGAAAACACUCGAUGAGGAACACACAAUGGAGAUGAAGGAAUGGAAGGACCGUCUUACGUCUCGCAAAGAGAUCCUGGAGGAAGAGCUUGCACGGAAACGGCAGCAGCAGGAUGUCCCUUACAGGCGAAGCAGCGAACCGGAUACCUCCAAAUCCUCGCUGCACAGAAUGUCCAGAUUCCUCCAACUGCACACCUUCCAGUCAUAGGCAAUAUCCCUGUCAGCUCCUGGGCACUGGAGAGCACUUUGCUACUCAAGUGGGUACAUGUCAUUUCCAAGAGAUAGCUCAUCAAUUUCUCUUUCAACAGCAAACAAAGUGCAAAGAAUAUGGACAUUACACAGUGUCACAUGGUGGUGAGAUAUUGCAUUUAGUCUCGAGGUAGCAGCUUGUACUGAUGAGAGAAGCUUCAA